UUGCGGAGGUGCUCGAGGCCGUUGGUUUGCUGCACGCGGAGGAGUGACUCACCGGGGAGGAGGACCUGCUCGUGUGAACCGCUGGAGGGUCACGCUGGUUCACGCCGUUGGUCGCUCUCGCCGGAUUUAAUGGCAGUUGGGACUCGGGGAAGGAGGGCUAGCCGGAAAUUCUGGAGCUUUGGUCGUUGGGGGCUCGUAUCAGGUCACGGACGUCGCUUUACGACCGAAGUUCCUCUCGGCCUGCUAGGGACCUCGUCAUGUUGCCGUGAAGACUCAGUCAUUGGAAGAACGGGGUCUCAGCCGCGUCUGGUGGUUUCAGUCAGGGAGGAUCGAAGGUGA